AUGGGAAUAUCAACACAUAAAGUUCCAUUCAAUCAAAUCGACAAUAUAAGAGCAGGUGAGAAGAUUAAGAGCGGAAAACGUCCUAAACCAUUUUCAGAAGACACGUCUGAGAAAUAUAAAAGGAUAGUCAAAGAAGCCUGGCAUGAUGACCGUAAUAAACGCCCAACAAUUGAGGAAAUAUUAGAACAACUUGAUGAAGUCAAAAAGGAUGUUGACCCAAACUACUUAUCAUCCCUUGAAAUUAAUGAAGCGAUAUCGCUGCAUGAAAAGAAACAAUACAAGAAAGCUUUCCGCUACUUUCGGGAGUUGGCAUAUGGAAAUGACCAUAAAUCUUUCCCUUUGGCCUCGUAUUAUGCGGGUCUUUAUUUUUUCGAAGGUACUUACGGCAUUGAGAAAGAUGAAUUUCAAGCUUUGUAUUUAUUAAAAAAGUCUGCCAUUUGUGGUGUUGCACAAGCUCAAUACAAGUACGCUUAUGCUUGUCUCAAAGGACGUUAUUAUUCACAAGAAGAAGGGUUAAAGUAUCUUAAGAAAUCUGCGCUUGGUGCAAGAGUUCCAGAGGCUUUAUAUAUGAUUUCUCAGCUCUUUUUGAAUGGCGAACACGGCUAUCCAAUUGACAAUAAAAAAUACAUAGAAUACUUGAUCAAGGCAGCAGAUAGGGGAUCAAAAGAGGCACAACAAGAACUUAUGAAAGAACGCGCAAAAAAUUAUUAA